AGAAGAAACCGCGGAAGAUUCAAAACUAAGAUGGCGGCUGGAAAAGAGACUCAAAACAGUGUCAAGCAAAAUAGGAGGGAGACAAAAUGCAGCCUGUUCCUCUGUCAGGAAAAACCAGACGUUACCCAGCCUGUAAUAUUUAACCCGGACUUCUUUGUGGAGAGGCUGAGACAUGAGCAUCCGCAGAUUUACGCCGAUUUAGUGCUCAGCAACAUAACUCGGCUCAUAGAUCUGCCGGGGGACGAGUUUGCCCAGCUGACCGGGGAGUUGGAGCCCAAGAUGCCCUCAUCAUCAUCCACUGCUUUUCUGCGCUCCUUCAACUUCCGCAAACGGAAAGAAAAGGGAGUGAUAUUUGGAGCGCCAUUAACUGAAGAAGGAAUAGCCCAGAUCUAUCAACUUAUUGAAUACCUGAGUAAAAACCUUCAUGUGGAAGGGUUGUUUCGGGUUCCAGGCCACAGCUUGAGGCAAGCAGCAUUAAGAGAGAUGCUGAAUAACGGAGCUGAGAUAGAUCUGGAGACGGGGGACUUCCAUCCCAAUGAUGCUGCUACUUUGCUCAAGGUGUACCUUGGAGAGUUGCCAGAGCCUCUGCUCACACAUAGACAUUAUCAUGCUCACCUGAAGAUUGGAGAUUUGACUCGUUUUGACGAGAACGGGAAUAAAACUGAUGUCCCCAAUAAGGAACGGCAGAUUGAAGCAUAUCAGCUGCUUUUUAUGUUGCUCCCACCGACCAACCGCAGCUUGUUGAAGCUGCUGCUAGACUUACUGUACCACACGGCCCGCACUCAGCACUUGAACAAGAUGUCUGCUAUUAACUUGGCCACGAUGUUCGCUCCACAUAUCAUCUGGCCCAAAAAUGUGACUGCAAGUGAUCUCCAGGGAAGCAUAGAGAAACUGAAUAAUGGGGUAGCAUUUCUCAUCCGGCACUCACAAAAAUUGUUCAAGGCACCUCUCUAUAUCAACAAAUAUGCUCGAUUAUACUACACUGGAUCCAAAAGUCUGCAGUCAAAUGAUGACCUGAAUCUCGCUUCAGGAAGCAAAACUGGCUCCACCACUGUGAUUGCAGCUUCGUCCCCUUCCCCCUCUGUGAGAUCAAUCACAGGUGAGAUGAGCAGAACCAGCACCAUCCACCCUUGUGAAAAUCAGAGCUAUACUGAGUCUUGCCUCAAAGAACUGUACAAGGAGGUCAACAGUAUGCCAGAGUCUGCCAAGAAGAAAAAACUCAUCAGACAGUUGGAAAAGCAGCCUGACCCGACUUCUUCUGCAGAGACCCGGACACCGUUUAUCAGGAGACACUGGCGUUCUCGCUCUGCAGGUGGAUUAAUCAAGAGAAAGGGAUUGGGGGCCAAAGUCUCAAUGGACAAAGACAGCAGCAAAGUGAAGAGUGUUCCUCCGAGCUCCUGAAGUGAUGGGUAGAUUAAUAGAAACAACUCAAAAGCAGAAUGGUAAAUCACUAUUUAAGGAUUGUACUUCUCAAAGCCUCUGAAACAUCAAUCCGAUCAUCUUUAGUCUUAAAGAAGCUAUGCCAAUUAUUUGCUGUAAAGUUUACAAGAGCAGUUGUUACCUGUUGUAUUUUUUUUUUUUUAGCAUUUUGUGUUUCAUUUCCUAAGGUGUGAAACUUGUUGGUUUAAAAAUGUCCCAAAGAAUAUAUGAAACUAAAUUCUAACAACAGUUACUAAACAGCAACAUACUUACAGUAAAUUUCAGGCCAGUGGUUUUCUUUUAGCAAUAUUCCGUAUGAUAUUAAUGGAUUUUGGUUUUAGAAUUUAUAUUUUUUCUAAUGCUAUGUUACAUUUGUUUUCUGCCUCAGAUGUCUUAAAGAAAAUGUGAUUUUCUGUUUGUUUUGUUGGUUCUGUAGGAAAGUUGCCUACAGAAAAAUGUGCCUUAAACUAGACAUUUUCUGAAAUGUUGAGUUGAGUUUCUCUUCUAGUUUUCCUGUCAAAUAUGACAAAAAAUAGGAAAGACUUUAUUUGAUAUAAAUGAUUCUGUUAUUAGUACAGGGAGAU